AUGUGCAGUCUCAUCGUUGCCGUCCUUGCUUUGCCGCUCGCACUAGCGACGGUGGCCUCAGAGCUCUUCUCGCCUUUGGUCGCUCGAAAGGUCCUAGCGACUGCCAAAAUGCCUCCCAUCCCGAUCCAAUAUCCCCAGUACACUGACACUACCACGGGCAACUGGCUGUGGUUCAAUUCCGAUGCCUGGGCGACCGGGUUCUUCCCUGCUACGCUGUAUGAGAUGCACCGGCGCCAGAAACUGUGUGGACACAAGCACGGAGUGGGUGGCGUAGAUUGGCUGAAGCUCGGUCGCACUUGGAGUACGGGAGAGAUUCCAUCGGAAAGGACGAUAGGUGCUAGUCAUGAUGUGGGGUUUCCUUUUAUCGAAGAGCUGAAAAUAAACCCUCGCAAUGAGACUGCUAGAACAGCUGUCAAAAUCUUCGCGACGGCGCUGGCCAAACGCUUCAACGCCAUGGUUGGAUGCACUCGGAACGAGGACUCGCCUGAUCCUAACUUUCAGGUUAGUAUUGACUACAUGAUGGACCUAGAGGUGCUGUUCGUCGCGGAAAAAAUCACUGGUAACCACACACUUCGCGACAUAGCCAUCAAGCAUGCCGACACUACCAUGGCAAAUCACAUUAGACCCGAUGGUAGCACUUGGCAUGUCAUCGAAUACGACUCUAACACGGGGUCAGUGACAAAGAAACGGACUGCCCAAGGAUUCUCUGAUGACAGGCACAGAAUCUCAGACACUUGGAGCCGUGGCCAGGCCUGGGGUAUAUACGGCUAUGCUAACAUGCAUCUGCGCACAAACUUUCCUAGGUACCUCAAAACAGCGAGACGACUGGCAACCUAUUUCGUCUUCAACAUCCCUUCUGACGGCAUUGUACCAUGGGAUUUCAAUGUCCCUGCGAUCCCUGCUCGCCCUGCCGACUCAUCCGCCGCAACGAUUGCCGUCAACGCGUUGCUGCUACUGUCGCAACGGGAAUCGACAAUAGGAAAUUCCACGGGUGCCCGGUUCUGGCAGAAGUCCGCUUUAUCAAUCCUCCGUGACAUCACUAACCUGGCUUGGCGCCCAGAGUGGGAGAGUUUGCUCUCAAAUGGAACGAUGCACUUACCGGCAAACAAUAAACUGACUGGAAUCGUCUAUGGAGACCACUAUUUUAUCCGGGCUGGUAAUGAGCUCAAGGAGCUAGGACUCACAUCUUGCUAA